AUGGCCGAAAACAAGAAUAUUGAGAAAACCACGAAGAAGGAAUUAAAAACCAAGGCUAGCAGGGCUCAAGAUGAUAUUGAAAAGGAUGGCAAAGAAAGCCCAGGAGAAGAUGGGGAAAGUAGAACUGGGCUUCUCAAAAUUAAGGUGAAAGCACAAGGCAUUAAGGCCUUGGAGGAAGAAAAGAAGGAAAUUAAGUUGAGGGAGAAGGAAGAGCUCCUUAACAAAGUGGACAAAGUAGCCCUCUCUGUAGAGAAGCGUAAAGAAGAAAAGACAUUUGAAGAGCAUUGUGAGGAGUUCAAAAAGGAAAUUGAGGAGUUAAGUCCUUUAGAGGACGAAGUGGUGGAGAAAUCCUCAAAGAAAAAGAGGAUUAUGGAAGGACAAGACGAUAAGAGGAAAGAAAAGAAAGAGAAAAAGGCUCAGCAAGAAGAGGAAAGCCAAGAAGGAAAGAGGAAAACGUAUUCCUAA